UUGUUUGUAAUGCUGUUCCCUUUGUUGUGUGCUAUAAAAAUUAUCAAUUAAUUAAAUUAAAAAUUCGAAAUCGUUUCAUUGUUCAGCGGUAUUAGUGACCCCGUCAUAAACGGUUCACCUUGACGUGCACCGGAAACCAAGAUGCGUUUCAAACCAAUCUUUCUGUUGAUAUUCGUGCCAUUUUUGUCGGCUCACAGCUUGUUUGGAAAUUUGGACCUUGUGGAAAAUCGCGUUUUUACGUUUAAUUUUCCAGAAAACGACUUUGAAAAUGGUGCAAGAUACAGACGAGAGGCUACCAAUGAAGAAGCUGAUAGCGGUUUAACUGACGAUGGAGUUUAUACAAAGAUUAGUCAUUUGAACGACAGCCACAAACAGCUAAUGGUUCAUUGGGUGGGCGAAAACAGUAAAGUGGUGAUUUGCCUUGCUCGAGACCCGACGUUUGGGCUCUACGAUUUACAGCCUAUUAACCCUUCCGCAGUUUAUAUUUCUUAUGAUGACGGCGACAGUUACCAAAACAGAACUGAGCAGUUUAAGUUGGCCGAUGGGAAUUAUUCGGUGCUGGAGAAGUUCUAUAAUCACCCCAGAUAUAAUACACAUUUUGUGUUCACCGAAGUCAAACACAAUGUUCUCUAUGUCACCACCGAUCACGGUAACGAAUUUAAAAGGAUCCCGCUGAAAUUCACACCCAGCGAGCUCUCUUUCCACGAACUCCAUGCCAAUAUUUUUGUCGUUCUAGAUAAAAACGACACUAGACAUCGACUAUGGAUCACUGAAGACUUUGGUGAGACUUUUCGUCAGGCCCACGAGUUCGUCAAAAGCUUCUACUGGCUCAAAAAUGGUGACGAUUUGCUGUUGCUAGUGCAACGCUACGAGCCGACAGGAUUGGGCAGCAUAAUUUAUUCGAAUAAUUUAUUCAGGACGCGCAUCAGUCAAGUUUUCGCUACUAAUAUCCAGGAUUUUUUCAUAAAGGGUGACUAUUUGUUUACGACCAAGAACAAUUCGCUUGGCAACAUUGAAUUGUACGUUUCCUACAAGCUCAACAAACAAUUGAAGUGCGUUUUCGAUACUUCAUUGAAUAUAACGAAUUAUUUCAUUGCUGACGUUAGUGGAACCAGGGCUUUAGUUGUAGCAAGCCACAACGAGUAUUUAUCUAAUUUGUAUGUGUCUGAUAAUUUAAAUGGAGAUUCCAAAGUGCGCUUCACUCUGUCAAUGGAGAAUAUUUUUGCAUUCUUUCCAAAUAUAACGUGGCAGAAUUCCUUUUUGCAUCACAUUUCUGAGGAAGCGUUCGCUGAUGUUUACAAAGUUGAAGGUUUGAAUGGGAUUUAUAUUGCUUCGAAGGUGAUUAGUAGGCCAACAAUUAAUUUGGGACCUCAGCACUUAGGGUCGAUGAUAACGUACGAUCACGGGGCUUCGUGGAGGCUUCUAGAACCUCCUAGCAAAGACUUCGAGGGUCAAGACACCGGUUGUACGCCUUCCAAAGGUUGCUCUUUGCACUUGAGCCAAAAGUUUAGUCAAUUGUAUCCUGAAAGUAGGUCGGUGCCGAUUUUAUCGAGCAAAUCAGCUCCGGGGGUUAUCAUUGCUACUGGUGUGUUGGGUAAUAAUCUUAAAGGACACUAUGGAGUUUAUAUAAGUCUCGAUGCUGGUUUGACUUGGAAACAGACUCUGAGAGAAUUGUAUUUUUUCAAUAUGGGAGAUCACGGUGGUAUUAUUUCUGCUGUCAAAUAUUACAAAACCAAAGGAGAAACUCGACACAUUUUGUAUUCUACGGAUGAGGGCAUGACUUGGAAUCAGACUCAGUUUCACAACGAGGAAAUUCGCUUAUACGGUUUGAUGACUGAACCGGGAGAAAAUACAACAAUUUUCACCAUGUUCGGUUCGUUGCCGAAAGAACAUCAAUGGAUCAUCGCUAAGGUGGACUUUAAAAAAGUGUUCAAGCAAAAGUGCGCAGAUAAAGACUUCAAAAUGUGGUCUCCGAGCCAAACUGAAGAAAACCGAAGCUACAUCCCGUGCAUCUUAGGCCAGCAAACCACUUACCAGAGACGCUUGAGAAACAGCAAAUGCUUGCAAGGUCCCAAUUUCUUGCAAUUAAUCUCGAAAAAACCGUGCGAAUGCGACUACAUGGACUUUGAGUGCGACUUUGGCUUCAAAAAAACCAACCAAAGAUGUGUUUUGGAUAAGAACCUCAUCGGCUACGAUCCAUAUAAAGUGCCCCAAAUUUGCCCUCAGGGACAGUUUUACUUGCGCACCAAAGGUUACAGAAAGAUUCCCAAUGAUCAAUGCAUUGAUGGUUUCCAAGACCACUACUUACCGGACCCUGUUCCGUGUCCUUUUACAGCUCUGGACGACUUUCUGUUGUUCGCUCAACGGGAAAACAUCAGCCGCUAUAAUUUAAUAAGUGGUCGCUUGGAACAAUUGCCAAUUAAGAACUUGAAAAAUGUUAUCGCUAUCGAUUUUGACUUGGAGAACAAUUGCGUCUAUUGGGCGGAUAUAAAUCUAGACACUAUCAAUCGUCAGUGUUUUGCCAACGGGAGCAAACAAGAAACCCUAUUAGCUAACGAUUUGGCUUCCAUAGAAGGUAUGGCUUACGACUGGAUCGGCCACCUAUUAUACUUUGUCGAUGGCACAAGAUCAAAAAUCGAACUGAUUCGUACCGACAUAAACCAUUCGGGGCGUAUGCGCAAGACCAUCUUAGACAACAAGCAAUUGAAAAAACCUAGAGGCGUAGCGGUGCAUCCUCAAGCCGGAUACAUUUUCUGGACGGAUUGGUCCAGCGAAAGCCCGUCAGUCAACCGGGCCAACUGUGACGGUACAAACCCGAAAAUCCUCUUCGGCAAGGAGAAAGUGGAGUGGCCCAACGGCAUCACCAUCGACUACAUCGCGAACCGAAUAUACUGGGUGGACGCACGCAAAGAUUACAUCGGUAGUGCGGAUUUGCACGGAGACGGUUUCGUGAAUAUCGUUCACAACACUGACGUCGUGUCGCAUCCGUUUGCCGUGGCCGUUUUCAAGAGCAACAUGUACUGGGACGAUUGGAAAAAGAACGCCAUCUAUUCGAGCGAUAAAGACGUGUACAAGGGGAUCGAAGUGGUAGUCAAGGAUCUGGCUGGAUUGAUGGAUUUGAAAGUUUAUGCGCACGGGAUACAGAUUGGUAAAAACGCUUGUUCUAACGCCUCCUGUCCGUAUAUUUGCGUCGGACUACCGAAAGGUGGAUACAAAUGUUUAUGCCCUGACGGUAUGCUAACCAGCAAAACCGACGAGUGCCUCUGCCCGGGUGAAAUAGCACCUUUAGCCAACGGCACUUGUCCCAGUGUGGGCAACUCGUGCAGUUCCGAGCAUUUCUCCUGCGGCAACGGUCUGUGCGUGCCCAAAGGCUGGAGAUGCGAUGGCGAAGACGAUUGUGGCGACGAAUCCGACGAAGCUCGCUGUGGGUCUUCGACGUGUCCUUCGACUUUCCACGUCUGCGGCGACGGCAAAUGUUUGCCCAGCUACUGGAGGUGCGACUACGAUACCGAUUGUGCCGACGGGUCCGACGAACUCGAUUGUCCCAAACAGAAUUGUACUGAUAGUCAGUACCAGUGCGAUAAUGGCCGAUGUGUAUCGAAGAAUUGGAGGUGCGAUGGUGAGAAUGAUUGCCGAGAUAAUUCAGACGAAAGAAACUGCGAUCCGGACCGACCCACUCAGUGCAAAGGCGAAGACGAGUUCCAGUGCAAAAGUGGUGCGGUUAUUUGCAUUCCGAGCACGUGGAAAUGCGACGACGAACCGGAUUGUAGGGACGGCUCGGACGAGUUGAAUUGUCUCAACAACACUUGCAACGACUCUCAAUUCUCUUGCGGUCCUCCCAACAAUCGGUGCAUUUUCAAUAUUUGGGUUUGCGACGGCGACAAGGACUGUCCGGACGGUAGAGACGAACAAAAUUGUACCAACCCCAAAGAAAUCAUUCCCAAACCCACCAACGAGUUCCUUCCCGACAAGACCAAUCGUACUUGCCAGGAUUGGAUGUUCAAGUGCCAAAAUGACCGAUGCAUACCGUUCUGGUGGAAAUGCGACGGCGUGGACGAUUGUGGCGAUUUCAGCGACGAAGGAGGUUGUACCAAGACCAAUCCGUACUAUCCUCCCUUGGUACCGACCACAAAGCGUCCUUCCAUGCCAAUUUUGUGUGGCAACAAUCAAUUCAGGUGCAGUUCAGGACAGUGUAUUUUGUCUGCGUGGCUCUGCGAUGGCAGCUACGAUUGUCCGAACGGCGAGGACGAGCAACACUGCGAAGAAUCGGGCAACUGUGGCAUUGGACAGUAUAAAUGUGUCAAUGAUGGUAGCUGCAUUUCGAGAUCGUUAGUCUGCAAUGGUGUGCCCGAUUGUCCAGAUCACACAGACGAAGCUUUCUGUCAGGAUCAGUACAAUAUACCAAACGAACCAGCCACGCCCAGUUGUAGUGUGGGCUUUUUCCCUUGCGACGGAGGCAGUUGCUACCCAUUAUCGGUAAUGUGCGAUGGUAAACCUAACUGCAAGGACGGCUACGACGAACAGGACUGUUCUAAAAGAUCUAGAGUCUAUCAGGUAAUGCAAAUGGGGAAGGACAUGCGCGGUUCAGAUGCUACCACCCUUUUGCUUUAUUGGGCCUUCUCGCCCGCGUUGCCCGAUGUAAAAUUGCAAUUUCUACCCUCAAUCAGUAAAGUGGGUUCGGAUAAAUGGCGCAACGAGUCUUGGACCGAGGAGACUGAGUUUCAAUUUAAAAAUUUGGUACCUUUCACUAAAUACAACAUGACUGUGUAUGUAAGGGAAAAAGACAAAAGUAUUGUUUUUCCACCUGCUAGAUAUUACAUCUCCUAUACUCAAGAAGGUAUACCUUCUGCACCAAUUAACGUUAAAGCCAAACAGCAAAAUGGUUCUCAUGUGUUGGUUACUUGGGAUGCACCUGUUAUCCCUAAUGGCAAAAUAUUGGACUACGAAAUUAUAUGGACGCCGACAGAAACUCCUGUCAGAGUUAAAUCGGGCAACAAUGCCACAUCGAAAAUCAUAACGGCUGAUUUUCAACAUGGCAAAUCUUACAGUUUUGUGGUGACUGCUUUCAAUGGUAAAUUCGAGAGUAACCAAUCAACUCCAGCUACGAUAGUUUUUGAUGGAAAAACCACCAUAAAUGAAAUAAGAAAUUUGAGGGGAAAUAGUACAAACACUACAGUAGAAUUGUAUUGGGACUAUGAUGGUUUUAUGGAAGGUUUUGCCAUAAAUAUCACCACAGAAAAUCCAUUUUAUCUUCCAUUAGAAUCAAAUACCACUAAAACAUCAAACAUUUCUUUAUCUUUAGCCCCAGGAGUCGUGUAUUACUUUGAGGUUUACGCUUACGGUAACAACCUAGAAGGUCCACAUUCGCGUUUGGAAAUUGCCACUUUAGGCACGCCAUUACCGUCAAUCCUAAUUAGCCAAGCACUGUUAGUCAAAGAUGUGGGCACCACUGUCAAACUGACGUGGCAACGUCCUGAUAAAUUCAGCAAAACUGAAUGGAUCUACGGAGUUUAUUAUCGUACAAUUAACGAGAACAUUUUCAAGCCAACUGGCACUCAAGUGACUACCCUCAGUACAACUAUAAGCAAUUUGCAUGCGUGUGAAACGUAUUUGUUCGCGGUGGGCAUCGUAGGACCUUACGGAUUCGGCCCGCUUUCGGAUAAGUACCAAAAGAUUUCUACUUCGUCUAGUCAGAGGGCGCCGCCUAAAAAACUGCAAGUGGUACCUGAAGAUAAUGACGCUUUGAGAAUUAAGAUUAUGUGGCAACCCAGUUGUAUCAACGACGAGAAACAGAACUAUAUUGUUACCAUAACAGAACAAACUCGUCACCAAACCUGGCACACUUCAGUCAACAAAAAACUGACUCACACUGUAGACGUAGAAAACGGCGGUGUGUAUACCAUUACAGUAAUGACGGGCGUUUUCAAUGCAACUCCCAGCGAGGCUGUCACUUAUACAGCGCCUCCUAUUUACCCACCACUCGAAGUUCGGGUACUUCCAGAAAAUAACGGCAGUUUCUUUGUGUAUUGGAGCGAACACGACAUCAAACCCACUGGAACGUUUUCCUACGAAGUCCUCGUGCAAGACGGUUCCAAAUUGGAAGAAAACUCUGCACAGAAGUUUAUUGUGGAUUACCCGCCGUUUUUGUAUACAAACGACUCCAGCACCACAUACACAUUUGCUGUCCGCAUUAAAACUGCGAAAGGAUUCAUUUCCAGAUUAUCGGCGACUCAGAGUAAAGUCAGUGCAAAAUUGGUGCAAGAAAGUUCAGUCAACUUGCCCGCAAUUAUUGUACCCAGCUUACUCGUCGUUGUUACAUUGAUUGGAGUCGUAGCGUUUUUAGUAAUACGCAAUAGACGUCUCCACAACAGUUUUGUACGUUUCGCCAACUCUCACUACAGUUCCAGGUCAGGAGCGGCCACAUUUGACGACAAUGGCCUAGAAGAAGAAGAAAGUCCGAGAAUUGUGGGUUUUGCUGACGACGAGCCCCUAGUGGUAGCUUAAAAUGUAGUGUGUAAUAAUAAACCCUUUUAUCGACUGAAGAAAAAAAAACCUAUUUUAACCUAGUGAGAAAAAAUAACCAAAAUAGUAUUUUAAAUAAGCUACAAAUUAUGUAUAUUAUUAUAUUAUUGUUAUUUUUUAAGUCAAAUUUCUGUGAUAACUGAUUGGUUAAGUUUUGUUUUUAAAUGACUGGAAGAGGAAGAAAGGAAUUUGACUGUGGAUUAAUUAAUUGAAAUAAAAAUUGUACCAAUAAUAAU